AUGGGGUAUUACCCACCAGCUUCGCAAGCUCCACCACCUUACAACCCAGCUCAAAACAGUGCUCCAGAUGCCCCACCUCCACCUUACCACCCAGCUCAAAACAGUGCCCCAGAUGCCCCACCUCCACCUUACCACCCAGCUCAAAACAGUGCCCCAGAUGCCCCACCUCCACCUUACCACCCAGCUCAAAACAGUGCCCCAGAUGCCCCACCUCCACCUUACCACCCAGCUCAAAACAGUGCCCCAGAUGCCCCACCUCCACCUUACCACCCAGCUCAAAACAGUGCCCCAGAUGCCCCACCUCCACCUUACCACCCAGCUCAAAACAGUGCCCCAGAUGCCCCACCUCCACCUUACAUAAAAAAUAUGUACAUAUAUUUAUAA